UCCGCCUGCUAGCUGGAUGCUACCGUGUUUGCUUCAGGAUGUAAUAAAGUUUGGUCCGAACUAGAAGAGAAACCGGAAGCAGGUUUAUGGACUCUUUUCUGUUCAAUAAUCGCCGCUGUUGGUUCCGAGAAACCAGAACCGAAUCCGAACUGGCAAACGUCAGGACCGCGUUUCUGCUGCCGCGCUGCCUGAUGGGUAAAAUGCUAACGACCAAGCGGCGGUGAUUGGUGGAGACAGAGACACCUGAGGACCGAUUGGUUCCGGUGGGCCGAACCCGGGAGGACCGGGUCCACUUCACAGGUACCCUUCUAGGCUGGAGGUCCAGAGGAGCAUCCGAACCAGAACCUUCUGGACCAAACCAACUGCCAGAAAUGGCGGAGAACCUGUCGGCCCAGAGGGACCGCAUCCAGAGGCAGGUGGAGGCGCUGGAGCGGCGCCUGGCCGUGACCCAGGAGGAGCUGGACCUGCUGAGCAGUGAGACCGAUGGUGAAUCAGACGGGGAGGACGAGGAGAACCAGGUGGGACAGGUGAGACAGAACACCCAGAACAUCCUGUUGGCGGUCCGGUACGGGACAGAACCUGACAGGUCUGUGUGUCCAGAGUCCAGUGCACCUGCUGGCCCAGAGAGAGAAGAUCCAGACGGAAAUCCAGAACCUGGAGGACAUGCUGGGUCCGAUGAGCGGCUCUGGCAGUGACGGCAGCAGCUCCAGCGACGAGAGCGAGCUGGACCUGUCUCCGUCUGUGGACUCGUGUCUCCAGCUGAACCUGGUCUACCAGCAGGUGGUCCAGGAGACGUUGGCCCACCUGGAGACGCUCCUGACCCGCAACCAGAAGCAGCAGAGGGAGCUCCAGGCCCAGAUCUCUGGACCAAUCAGAGCGUCCUCCAAGGAAGGCCCCGCCUCCUCCAGAGAAGGUCCCGCCUCCUGCCACCAGCAUCCCUCUAAGAUGUUCCUGGGCAGCUUCUUGAAGCCGUACUUCAAGGACCGGCUGACAGGACUGGGUCCACCAGCCAACCCGGAGGCCAAGCUGAAGGCGCUGAGGAUGACGGGAUGUCUAGAUGACAGGAAGCUCAGGAUAAGAAGAUGGGACAGCUGGCAGAAGACCCUGCUGAUCCACUCGGUGACCAGGGACCACCUGAGGAGGGUGAUGCAGCCCAAGCUGUCCAGGUUGGACUUCCUGAGUAAGAAGCUGUCCUCGGCCCAGGAAGCAGAAAGACAGCAGCUCAUGGAGCAGAUGGACGGCUUGGAGAAGGAGAUCCAGCUGCUGAGGUCCAAAAAGGAGGAUGAGCUGAUCGGGGACAGAUACGAAGAACAUGACUGGCAGAAAAUCUCCAACAUCGACUUUGAAGGGACGAGGGACGCAGAGGACAUCCGUCUCUUCUGGCAGAACUUCCUCCAUCCGUCCAUCAACAAAAGUCCCUGGAGUAACGAGGAGGUGGAGCAGCUUAAUGAGAUCUGCAGGAGACACCGGGAGAGGAACUGGGAGAAGAUCGCAGAGGAGCUGGGGACUGGAAGGACGGCCUUCAUGUGUCUCCAGAUGUUCCAGCGUUUCGUCUCCAGCUCUCUGAAACGAGGAAGCUGGACUCCAGAGGAGGACGCCCAGCUCAGAGAGCUGGUCCAGAAGAUGAGGAUCGGAAACUUCAUCCCUUACACUCAGAUGAGUUACUUCAUUGAGGGUCGGGAUCCAUGCCAGCUGCUCUACAGGUGGACCAUGGUUCUGGACCCCAGGCUGAAGAAAGGCCCAUGGAGCAAAGAAGAGGACCAGCUCCUCCUGCAGGCUGUGGCUCGUUACGGGGAGAAGUGCUGGUGGAAGGUCCGGUUAGAAGUUCCUGGACGCUCUGAUGGAGCCUGCAGGGACAGGUACUUGGACUGUCUGAAGAAGAGCAUAAAGAAAGGAAGCUUCGACAAACAUGAGGUGGAGCUGCUGAAGAAGCUGGUGGAGAAACACGGCGUUGGCCGCUGGGCAAAGAUCGCUGCAGAGAUUCCUCACCGCCUGGAUGCUCAGUGCAUGAGGGAGUGGAGGAAGCUGAUCCGACCUCCUGCUCAGGGCAGGAAGCAGACCCAGAAGGCCAAAGCAGGACGAGGAGGGUGGAGGACAGCCACGGCCAUCAAGAAGGAGGAGAACACGGAUGAGGAAGAACAGGAGGACGAAGAUGAGGUGGUCCGGUACAUGGAUUCUAGUGAAGACUCUGAGGAGGAGCAGGAGCAGGAGGAGGAGUACAUCAUCCCCCCUAUGGAGGAGUGGAUCCCCCUGAAGAUGAAACCAUCGUCCUCCAUGCUGAGCUUCCAGCCUGUGGAGCUCCCUCCUUCCUCUGCAGCUCCUGCUGGGACCUCCGUCCGCUCCACCGUCCUGGAACGUUCUGGAACUUCUGUCAUCAUCGGCCCUCCUCCCAGAGUGCUGUCCAGGGAGGAGCGCCACCGCUCCUCCGCCAUGCAGAUGGUGUCUCAGGAGGGGCUGCGCCUCCACCUGAGCGCCUUGAAGCAGAAGCCCAGAGUGAGGGGGGGGGGGCAGCUGCAGCACGAGCUGCAGGCCGCCGUCACGCCGUGGAUCGGGAACCUUCUGAUGGCUAAAACCCGCAGAGACACGGCCGCAGACGUGCUAAGGGAGCGAGGGGAGCGGGGCGGCGUCUCCACCUCCUCCAUGUUUCUGCUGCUCCUCCAAGCCAUGAACGUGGACGCGCUGGGCUGCAGGGAGAUGAUAGAGCAGAGGAGGAGCCAGGCGGAGCUCCUGGCCCCGCCCCCUGCUCCCAGAUCACAGCCCAACCCCUGGCACGUCUCUGAGCUCCUGAAGCAGCAGAGGAGCAGGGGGAUGCAGGCUCCUCCUCCCAGCCAGCACCUCCUCCCUCAGGCUCCUCCUCCCAGCCAGCACCUCCUCCCUCAGACUCCUCCUUCUAGAGGUCCUCAGGUGUUUCCUCAAAGCACCUUCUUUGCUCCUGCCUCCAUCUACUUUGCUCCUGCAUCUCCAGGCCCUCGGCUGCCAACCUGCCUCUCCUCCUCAGCUCCCCCUCUUGGUUCCAGUCUAACCAGUUUCCAGGCUCCUCCACCCAGUCAGACCCCAGCUGGCAGGGAUGAGGCUGCCUGCAGCAGUGAGGGCGGGGCUAAGCUGGAUAUGGGUGGAGCUAACAUCGAUGUAGGCGGAUCUAAAGGGGACUUGUGUACAGUCUGGCCUGAUGCAGGUGGCGAGAAAUCUGAUGGGCGGAGCCAUCCUGGACUGGUUGGAGGUGUGGAAGGAGGAGCGUUUGAAGAACCCCAUCAGCAGGAGGAAGCACCUCUAGAUUCUAAGCCUGUAUCCAUGACGACGGCACGUUCUCUAGAAACACGUCCAGACGUUUACGCCAUCAGCAGCGACCAUCCGUAUGCAGCCGUCAGCUCCUCCACCUCUGCUCCUCAGUCCUCCUGCCCCCCUCGCGUAGCACAGGCUCCGCCCACCUCCGCAGAGACUACGGUUCAUCAGAGCGAAGGCAGGAAGAGGAGGCGGGGGGAUUUGGGCGGGGCCGAUGUGAUCCAGCAGGGGAAGAGAGUCCGAAGGCCGACCCCGAAGAUCAGGGAAUUUGCAGAGGUCAAGGCUAAAAAAGAAAAGAAGAAGCGACCCGCCUCGUCUGCCAAACAGAACAAAGCUGGCAGGGCGCCGGCCCCGCCCUCGUCUCUGGCCCCCGGGUUUCAACUCCUCCCUAGUUGGCCCAUUUGGGUUAUGACACCAGCUGGAUCCAUGUCCUUGGCUGAGACCCCGACCAAGGCCCUGACCCUGGCUCAGGCCCCGCCCCCGGCUCAGGCCCCAGGGGUUCAUCUGCUGCCUAGUCUGCCCCUGUGGGUCAUGACCCCAGCUGCAUCCAUGUCUUUGGUUGCAGCUCUGCCUCCAGAUCCUAAAGUUCCGCCCACUCUGACAGCUGGAAGCUCAAAGGUUGUUGGUUUGAAUUCUGCUGCUACAGCAGGAGCCCCGCCCCCUGGGAACAUGAAGCUGCUCCUCCCAGCAGUCAACCAAUCACCUGAAAAGCCUGUGCUGCCUUACAGCGGGGUGGUCCAGGUGGACCCGCUGAAGCCUCCUCCCCUGCGGAGGGUGGGGGUGCACUUUGAUCCCUCCCUCAUGUUCCUGGAGACCCAAGAGGCAGUGAAGGAUUGGCUGAGUGGGGAAGGGGGCGUGGCCAUCCCCGGGGCGAGGUCUGCCCUUCCCUACCUGCCGCCGUUCAUCAGCACUCUGAACACGCUCAGCCUGCUUCUGGAGUCCAAGAAAUCUCUGAUGACGGCGUCUCUGAAGCUGCUGGACAGCGCACACACACCUGUAGGCUCUCAGACCCAUCCUGGCUCCGCCCCCUCAGUGGGGCCGGACUCCAUGUCUGAGCAGAGAGUGGCGCCAGAGCAGCCAGGCGGCGCUCAGAGGUUCGUUCUCUCUGCAGACCAGCAGCAGGUGAAGGAGGUGCGUCAGCUGGUGGCCCAACGUUUCUCCUCCAACCCCGCCUACCAGCUGCUAAAGGCCCGCUUCCUGUCUUGCUUCACCAUCCCUGCACUCCUGGCCACCGUGGAGCCGCUUGUCAACAACAGCGCGGCGUCUGCAGCCGACGAGGAGGAGGAGGAGGAAGAGGAGGAGAAGAUGAAGAGAAUCCAGGAGAGAGGAAGGAGGAGGAAAGCCGAGAGAUCUCUGCUGCUGUCUGACGAGUCUGCAGCUUCAGCCUGCGACUUCUCUGGGAUUGACAUUGGCUCCAAGCCCGGUUCCCUCCCAGAUCUGGACAAUUAAAAAACCUCAGAUCAGAUUUGAGUUUAUUGUUUCUGAACCGGUUCAUGGAAAAAGACCCAGACCCGACUGUUACAGAGCAAUUCAAGUUCUUCUACUCACUGACCUUCGGAUGCAAAGGUAGAAAAAUGCUGAAAGUUCUUAAUGUUUGCUCUGAAGUUUGGUUCUGCAUCAGGUCCAGGUGGAGACGUUGGUGUUUUUAUGGAACAGUUUUUGCACUGAAGGUUUGUGUUAAAAUGUUUCUUUUU